AGGUCGCUGUGAGUUCUACGUGUCCAGAGAUGGGUUUCUGCCAUUUUCUUCUUCUAUAAUAAGUCAGAAAACGAAUCCCAUCAUACAAGGUAUCAAUCCAAGGGUGAUGUCUCUCAAGGAAUCAGGACUCCUCAAGUAUUGGGCACAGGACGUACCUAAUUUCACUCGAUGCAACAAUGUGCCCAAGACAGUGGCACUCUCCACCACUCUCUCGAUUAGUAACCUUUGGGUACGUGUACAUGCAUGUAUAAUGUUUCUUGAUACUUAUUCUUCACCUUCAUAACGAUGAUUAUGAUAACAAUGGUCCUAGUCCCAUAAACUUCCGCUUUGCGUUGCAGGGAGUGUUUGUGUUGCUGGCCAGUGGUCUGACUGCCGGGCUGGUGGUUUGGUGUCUUGAGCUGCUCAACAGUCUCGCCAAGAAAUCCUCAUAGGAAAAGUUGUGACCAACGCGAUGUCUUGCAUAUUUCACCACCAAUGUCAAGAGAAUUGCUCCAAAACUUCUUUUAAUACAACAAAUGAAAAGUAAUCAAAAAACAUUUCACACACACACACACACACACACACACACACACACACACACACACACACACUGCAGCUGUUAUUCAUUGAUAACUUGCCACGCCAUCCCCAGACGCAGCAUGAAUAAAAAGGUAGCACACGACUUCGCAUCCAGCAGUCUGGCGCGCCACCUCUCUCAGUGCACUCCCACUUCAGCAUCAAGACCACGCGCACGAUGGUGGCCGUCGCCUUGCUAACGUGGCUAUUCUUCCUCAAUACACAGUCCCUGCGGUCCGCUGCACUGCUGCGUCAGUCCUCAGAAAGCACAGCACCAGAAGCACUAGCAGCAGUGCAAGGCGUCUGGGCGUCACAGCGUCAGUACCAGUGUCCGGCGUUGCUCUUGUCGGAUAACCCUAGCCAGGUUGCUCUAACAUUCGUGAAGGAGGCCGAGGAGAAGCUUUCGCCACGCGGCAUCGCCGUCUUCCUGGCGGCUCCUCAACACACGCAGGGUAAUGGAACGCUGGUGUACCUCAAGGGGACGAUCGACAAGGUUCGCCAGAUGGGAGAAGCGUGGCACUGCCUGUUGGUGGUGGUGGUGAGUGAUGACCCAGCCUUCCUCGCCGCCUUCGGUCACCUGUCACUUAGGCGUCACGCCCUCAGGUGGUCCACGAGGGUCCUUGUCCUCACUCGCCUCCCUCUCAGCUAUCUUGGUGGCCUGCACGGCCUUCUCUCCAAUAGGAACGCCAUGCUGCUCCUCGCGCACCGAGGCCAGAAAACAACAAGGGAUGUUGGCGUGUACGUUGCGGUGCCGUUGAGCCCCAUCACGAAACUCCCCAACAGAGUUGCCAGCUGGUCUGCCAGCAAGACUUGGACACAAACUCUGCAAUCACAGUUUUUUCCGGACAAGUUUUUUGUAUUCGCUUCAGCACCAACGCUGACGGUGGCGGUGGAGCUCAUGCCUCACCACUCCCUCACAUGGGUGGACGACCCGCUCGCCAAGGAGGGACGCCGUCUCGUCUACACCGGUGCACUGGAUAAAAGCGUUACGUAUCUUGCAAAAGCAAUGAACUUUACGCACAGGUACGUGUUGUCCCCAGACAGGACGUUCGGCACUAUAAUGCCUGACGGCUCCUGGACCGGCAUGAUGGGCAUGGUGGUACGGGAGGAGGUAGAUUUUGGAGGUGUGCCCUUCAUGUUGUCGCCAGCACGGGCAGCAGCAGGAGACUACACUGCGGUGAUUUGGACUGGAAACGUGAUGAUACUUGGGGGGCUAGGAGGGCUUAAGAUUGACCCGUGGGGCUUCCUACUGCCACUGACGCCCAUAGUGUGGGCAGCCGCCCUGACGGCACUGCUGAGUGUGCUGGCCUUGCUGGAAAUAUUUUCCUUCAGUCUCUCCAGCAAGACGCUGCAUCGCGGCGCCUUCAGCCCUGUCCGCGUCCUCCUGCAGCAAGACGUGGUGUGGCCCGUGGAGUGGUGGUGGUGGGAGCGUCUGGUGCUGGGGUUGUGGAUGCUGACGACGCUGGUGCUGACGAGGAGCUACGCCGGCAACCUCAUGUCCCUGCUGGCCGUGAGAUACGUGCCGCAGCCCUUCCAGACUCUGAGGGACGUCCUGGACCACCCGAGCGUUGCCAUGAUAUGGCAGAAGUAUUCCAAGAAUGAAGAAUUUCUAAGAGGUGUCCAGUCAGGUAUGUUUCGAGAAGUGGCGGACCUGGAGGAGAAGGGACGCCUCAAGUUCCACACACAGACACAGUUUUCUAAGAGCCUUGACACCCUGGUGAGGGCCGGAGACCACGUUCUCGUCGAAAUUGAUAGUACUGUUAAAACAUUAAUGGCCUUAGACGUUUCCAAAAAAGGUCGCUGUGACUUCUAUCUGUCCAGAGAUGGAUUUCUGCCGUUUUCUUCUUCUAUAAUAAGUCAGAAAACGAAUCCCAUCAUUCAAGGUCUCAGUCCAAGGGUGAUGGCGCUGACGGAAUCUGGACUCUUCACCUACUGGGCGGAGGACGUCGCCAAUUUCACUCGAUGCAACAAUGUGCCCAAAAAAGUGGCGUUCUCUACCACUCUCUCGUUCACUAACCUUUGGGGAGUGUUUGCAUUGCUGGCGGGGGGUCUGACUGCUGGCCUGGUGGUCUGGUGCCUUGAACUUCUGAACCUACCCGCCAAGAAGUCAUCAUGGAAAACGGUGUGACCAACAGUGUUCAUCCUGCUUCAAAUGUUCUUCGCGACGAAAUCUUAAAACUGGGUUUGUCAUGCACUUUCCCAUUUGAAUUAAACGUCAGAAUUAAGGAAAAAAUGUUAUUUUGUCCCCAAAUUUGAAUAAAGACCUUUUUUUUUUUUAGUUUAUUCGGUGUCAUGUUCAUUUGAGCACUGUCCGGCCACAGUUGUGAGCUUAUGUGAUUCAGUUCACAGUUAUCUUCUCCGCCAGUAAGGUGAUGGACGCCAAAUCUGAGCCGAGAAGCAACAGGUAUGAGGAGCUCUGCAGGUGGUCCAUACUGGGCCCCUUCUGACUUGUGUCUUUAAGGAUACUGUCUAUUCAGGAAGCAGCAGUGCCUAAUGAAUAACUUAGUAUCACUCACUAUAAACGCAGACGUGGUGUGGCCCACGGAGUGGUGCUACUGGGAGCGUUUGGUGCUGGGGCUGCGGAUGCUGACGACACGUGCUGACGAGGAGCUACGGCGGCAACCUCAUGUCCCUGCUGGCCGUGAGAUACGUGCCGCAGCCCUUCCAGACACCAAGGGACGUUCUCAACGAUCCUCACGUCGCCAUGAUAUGGCAGAAGUAUUCCAAGAAUGAACAUUUUAUGACAGUGAGCGAAACGCAUUUUUAAUGCUAGAAUAUAUGGCAAACAUUAGCAAGACUAUAUAUGAUUUUCAU